AUGUCGGACAACGUCGCAGAUCCUCCAGGCUCCAUAAACAAUCCGAUCAAGUUUAGGAAGCAAGACUUCGCGUCUCUGCGGGAGCAGUGUUUGUGCUCCAAAAAACUGUUCCUGGAUCCGAUCUUUACUGCUGAUCAGACCUCCAUCGGUAUGUCUCCAGAUCCGGACCCAAAACUGGCCAUCAAAUGGCUCAGACCCAAGGAAAUCAGCAGCACCGCUGUCUUUGUGGAAGGCACUACAUGCACCACUGAUAUCUGCCAGGGACAGCUGGGAAACUGCUGGCUGCUUGCUGCUCUGUCCUGUCUCACUAUGCACCCGACAUUGUUUGAGAAGGUUGUCCCAUCAGGACAGACACUGGACCAGUCUUACACUGGCAUCUUCUGCUUCAGGUUCUGGCAGUAUGGUGAGUGGGUGGAGGUGGUGGUGGAUGACAGGUUGCCGGUGCGAGGAGGACGUCUGCUCUUUAGCUAUUCGCGCACCAAGAAUGAGUUCUGGAGCGCCCUGGUGGAGAAAGCCUACGCCAAGUUGAUAGGCUCAUAUGGAAGUCUGAAGGGAGGUAAUAUUUCAGAAGGGAUGGAGGAUUUUACAGGGGGCAUUGCCUACACCCGUCCUGUUUCCUCCCGCACUCCACCUGUCCUGUGGAGAAAUCUCACUGCAGCACUGUCCAGAGGAAGCUUACUUAGCUGCUUCAUACAGGCCAAAACUGUAAAAGAAAUUGGCACUGUGACUGCAGAGGGACUCGUCAGAGGUCAUGCCUACGCCAUCACCGCUACAGAUAAGGUGCACAGGAAAGCUGAGGAGGUGUUGCUGGUGAGACUGCGUAACCCGUGGGGAUUCGUGGAGUUUUGUGGACCCUGGAGUGACAAAAGUAAAGACUGGGAGGGGAUCAACAAGGCUGAGAAGACCAAAAUUCUACUGAACGUUGAAGAGGAUGGAGAAUUUUGGAUUGGAGUGGAGGACUUUUGUAAGCUGUAUGAUACAGUGGAAUUGUGUAGUGUGGAUCCUGAAUCUGAUGCUGGAGAAGAAGUAGAUUCAAGUGCCACAGCCUCUUGGUCCCUGACCUCCCACAAGGGUUCCUGGGUGCCAGGGUGUUCAGCAGGGGGCAGCCGCAAAAACCCACGAACUUUCUGGAAGAACCCUCAGUUCCAGCUGAUGCUGUCACAGCAGGACGCUGAAGAUGUGGAGGUUGAUGAUGAAGAUGUAGAUGCAGAGAACGAUGAUGAUGAUAUCAGCAUUCCAGCUUUACCUAAGAGUGCAACAGACAAGCUUAAAGAGAAGAUGAAGAAAUGUACAGUGCUGCUGGAGCUGCUGCAGAAAGAUCGGCGUCAGAAAGACAAAGUCAACUUCCUUUAUAUAGGCUUUCAUAUUUAUAAGCUGCAGGUCCCCACAGGUACUUUUGAUCAGGCGUUUUUUGAUGCAAACCCAGUUGUGGGCCGUUCAGGAAAGUACCGAAAUGCAAGAGCUGUGUGGAGAAGAGUGCACUUGGACCCUGGGCACUACAUCAUUGUGGCAUCCACACAGAGGCCCAACCAGCCGGGGGACUUCUUCCUCCGCAUCUAUGCUAAGAAAGGCAACACACUGGGGGUGCCUGGGAUCAACUGUACUACAACUUUUAACACGAUUGUCAUGGCAGACCCUCCACUUCCUGAAGAACAAAAGCAAGUGCAGAAAUGGUUUGACGAGGAAGCAGGGUCGGAUGACAGACUGAAUGCACUAAAGUUUGUGAAGCUGGUGAACUCAGUGCUGGAGAAAGAAUACCAGCUUCCUUUGGAGACCUGCAGACAGCUCAUCUUCUCUGAAGAUACUGGAGGUCGAGGCAGGCUGAACCGGGAUCAGACUGAGAAGCUGCUCUCUUCUCUGAGAAACCUGAAGUCAAUCUUUCUUCAGUAUGAUGAGGAUUCAUCAGGAACUAUGAGUCCAUUUGAGCUCAGUCAGGCUCUCAAAGCAGCAGGUGUACAGUGUGAUAAUGAUACACUAUACAUGCUGUGGGAGCGUUUUGGCUCUGGAGAACAGAAUCUGCCGUUCUACAGCUUUGUGUCAUGUGUCACCAGGCUGCAGGUCCUCUUUGCUCUGUUUGAAUCAGAAAGCAGCCCAGAGGUAAAGAACAGAGGAAUAAAGACAUGGCUACUCAGGCUGCUGACUGUGUGAGCACGCUCAGAUGCGACACCUCAGCAGGACGGACCUGCGCGGCCAGUAAUGUACUGACGCCAUUCACCUGGACCUGCGUUAUUACUUGGCCCCUUUCAAUUUAUUUACACCAUCACUUUCUGUACCCUUGUUCUAAUGUCCUCCACCCACACAAAGCUUCAUCGUACAGGUCGUCAGGGUCAUUUACCCUUAUGGUCCAUAUGCACAUAUGAUCUCUGCCUCAGUGCUUAAUAAUAAGAGACUGUUAC